AAUAAAGUGUAAACAUACAGCUGAGUCUGUUAUAAUUCAUAUAGACGUGUAUACUCUAUUUCAUUAAAACUUAUAUAAAAUGUAAUCACAGAGACUUAAUAAAAUAAGUAAUAAAUCGAAAUAUCAAUUAAUCGUUUUGUGUGUAUAGGAGGUCAGAAGACUUAAUGUUAGAUUAGUUAUUGGUUUAAAUUUUCAUUAAGUUCUUUUGAAACAGACUAUAGCGUUUAUCUGCGCAAGCGCAAUCACCGCGCAUCCGCAAGAAAACUAAUCUGGCCCGUCCGCGUAGAAUGACAGACAUUGUUGCAAAAGACACUUCCUGGUAGCCGACUUUUCAGGCUCGGGAGCAAUGCAGGUGCGCAGGGCGGGGCGGGGUCCCUCGGCGGUCUAAAUAGCUGGCCUACGGACAUUACUCACUGUACUUAAUCCGCUGAGGUUAACUCUAUUAAAGCUAGGAGCGGUCAAUUGGUCCCGCGCGCCACCGACGUGCGGUUGUUAGUUGCGAUCGGGUAUCAACUUACGUUACGUGUGCGGGUUACAUGCGCGGUGCAGUGUAGUGUUGAUCAGCUGUUAACAGAAUGCAACGGCUGUGGAGCGUGUGUGUAGCCGUCCUUCUGGGAGCGUUUGGCGCGAUCCGCGUCGGAGGCUCGUUGCUACCCCUAGAGGUGGAGCGGUUGAGCGCCAGCGUCGGUGGUUUCGCUGUUAUGAACUGUCACCUCGAUUUUCCCUUCGGCAAUGAGAUACCAUAUCAUUUGCAAUGGGAUAAAGAUGGCGAGAUAAUAUUCUCGUGGUACAGCGGCGAAGGGAGCGCACACUUGGCGGACAGGUGGGGCGGGCGCGUGGAGCGUCUCGGAGACGGCCGCCUCGGACUCGGCCGCGGCUCCAUCAACGUGAGCGCGGUGCGGGAGACCGACGCCGGCCUCUACCGGUGCCGCGUGACGUUCCCUAACCGCACGCCGCCGGAGCGCAACAACGGCACCUUCUACUUCCUAGAAGUCGAAGGUGGCAAUCUAAUCGUCACACCUCCUAUGAACGUGACGGUUUUGGAGGGAGAUCGCGCUGAGUUCGAGUGUUUACCCAAGGACCCCGAGUCGAUAGUGGAGUGGUACAAGGAUGGCACACAUAUCAGCGAAAUACCCGAACUGGCGUUACGCAGCGAGAUGCCUGGCAAUGGAAGCAUUAUUAUACGGCAAGCUGUCAGUACAGACCCUGGAGAGUAUCAAUGCCGGGUACGAGCACCUGAUUCACAGCUGCAGACUGCAAGUGCAUACCUUGAUGUACAAUAUAAGGCAAAGGUGGUAUACGCACCACAAGAACGCUACCUCCCAUUUGGCAAGCCCGCCAGCCUCGACUGUCAUUUUAGUGCCAAUCCUCCCUUAACUAACUUGCGCUGGGAAAAAGACGGCUUUCUCUUUGACCCCUACAACGUGCCCGGCGUGUUUUACAGCAGGAACGGAAGUCUUCUUUUCAACCAAGUAGACGAGUCGCAUGAGGGCCAGUACUCGUGUACGCCGUAUAAUGCCCUGGGUUCCGAGGGACCGUCGCCAAGCGUACGUGUGCGGGUGCAGCGUCCGCCCGCGCUAAGCGCGCGCCCCCAGCCUCUUUACGUGGCACGUCUGGGCGAUGCCGUCACUAUGCCCUGUGCCAUCGAUCCGCAACCGGAUCAUCUCGCCCCCACAUUACAUUGGACAAGGAAAGACGGUGGCGAGUUACCGGAGGGUCGACACUCUCUAGCCGAUGGAAACUUGACGAUCAGUUCGGUAUCAGAAGAGGAUCGCGGCGUUUACAUUUGUACGAUUAGCAACGAGGCGGCUGCGGUAGCUGUCGAGGCCGAAUUAUUAGUCGAGAAUGUUCCACCACGCGCACCUUACAAUCUUACCGCCAGACCUUCGCACCAUUCAAUACAUCUGUCUUGGGUACCUGGACACAACGGUCUCGAGGUGGACUACACAGUUUGGUACCGCGAGCGCGCCGUCAGCGAGUGGCGCACCAUGAAGAUCCUGUCUCGCGGUGUGACAGACGCCACUCUGGUGGGACUCCGCCCCGCCGCCGAGUACGAGCUACGCGUCCUCUCUCAGGAUCACAUCGGCGACGGCCUCUUUAGCAAACCGAUCUAUGUUUGGACCCUCGCACCAGAGAUAUUGGAACAGGAGGCAACAGCGUAUGCAGCAGCCGUGACGGAGGGUCCCCCAGUGGUAGCAGCUGGUGGGCUCGAUGAACUUGAAGUUAGCGUGCGACUCAUCGACGACGGUGCUCUCAUCCGCUGGAGCCGAGAUUCCAGCGACGAGUCUCGCUGCACGGUCCGCUGGUACGAGGGCUCCGCGCCUGGCACGCGUCUGCUGGUUACCGCACAUACGCAUCACGACUAUAUGCUGAUAAACGGUGUGGAGGAAGGUGCGCGCUACUGGGCGCGAGUGGAGUGCGCUAGUGGGGCGAGUGGUGGCGCCGCUCUCCGCGUGCCGGAGUACACGCGGCUGCGCGGUGUAGCGGGCGGCUGCGCGGCCGCGGCGCUGUUGCUUGCUGCUGGCGCUGCUGCGUUGUACUUCGCCCGCCACCGCCUCUGGCCGCGCCAUACUACCCGCGGACGAGCGCCGCCACUCACUGACAAGCGCGUUCGUUAAUGACACACAUUUUGUGUUGAGACUUUGUUGUGUUUAUAGAUUGACGUCGCUUAUUCAUUCCACAUUUGUUUUCAUUACAUAAAUUCAUUAUAGAUAACCGAAUCGUUUUUUAUCCUGUUCCACGAUUAUAAAAUCUAACAAAAACAUGUGCAUAGUUAUAAUAUCGAAAAAGGGUUUCAAUGUUUUGAUCAUUGUUUUGCUGUUUGUGAACAUGACAUAUAUAUAUAUAUAUAUAUAUAUAUAUAUAUAUAUAUAUAUAUAUAUAUAUAUAUAUAUAUAUAUAUAUAUAUAUAUAUAUAUAUAUAUAUAUAUAUAUUUACCUAAUAUUUCAGUUAUAUUCAUUAGUGUGACCAUACAUUCUAGUCUUUCAUAAUUUUUAUCAAUAGUUUACCGCUAGCAUGAUUCCUAAUCUAUAAGCGGAAUACUACUCAGUUGUUCAAUUAACCUCUUCGACGGAAUAGUCUAAAUAAGUAGUUACAUAUAAGAUUUUAGUAAGUAGCAGAAGAUAUAAAAGAUUAUAUUUAUUACGCAAUAAAUUUUUUUGAUAAAAUAAA